GCUAAAUCAUGAGACACACUCCGAGGAGGAGUGUCCACUUUGUUCAUUAUAUAUUGUUGUUAUUGUUAGUUAAUGUUUGUGAAUCAAAGUUAUCCUCUUCCCACUGUAAAGCAUGGCUAGUGCAAUCCAUCCCCACCAAUAUGCCCCACCUAUCUCAUGUUCCUGGUGUCCUCUCUACAGGGGAUGUGCUUCAGUGGAUGGCAGCAAACUCCACCAAGAGACUCCAUAUAAUUGCUCAGUACUGGCAGCUGCUAGCUUCCCCCAAUGAUCCUCGCUCUGGAGAUUAUGGUUACUCUCAAAAUCAGAUGCACGAAUUUGGUGCCAAUCAAGGUGCUGCAGUUUAUCAAGCAUUAGAUGAUGCUGCUGACCGUGAUGUUAGUAUCAGGUUAUUGUCCCACUCUGGAGUGUAUCCAACAUUUACCUUGGAGCCAUCCAAACUUGCUUAUGGAAGGCCAAAUGUUGAGAAUGUAACCUUGCUACUAAAAGAUUGGUGGGGCUCGGGCAUUGUCCAUGCCAAAGUUUGGAUAUCAGAUAGUAAGGAUGUAUAUAUUGGAUCUGCAAACAAUGACUGGAAAUCCCUCACGCAAGUCAAGGAACUUGGAAUAUAUUUUUCUGGUUGUCCUGAAAUAGCUAAAAAGGUUGAGGUAUACUUCAACAAUUUAUGGACACUGGCAUCUCUUAAUUCUUCAGCAUAUACAAAAAUAGUGUUAGAUCAACAGUGGCAAGUUGAAAGAAAGGUUCCUUGCUGGUCACAUUUCGUUGCUCCUAGAGAGAGGUGCAUGUCACCUCUUCCUCAAUAUUUGGAGACUCCUCAUGUUGCAGGAUAUCCUAUUCAGUCUGACCCUUAUAUGUUUGAAGCUUCAAUUCAAACUCCAGGGAAUAACUAUUCAACAAAUCUCUCCCAAGUCAGCUAUCUCUCCUUUACACCCCCAGAGCUAUCAUUUGACAACUAUCAAGCUGAUGAACAGGCGUGGAUAGACACAAUUAAAUCUGUUGGAAUGAGGGAGACCGUUAGAAUCAGUACCAUGGACUGGCUGGGUCAGUCACAAUUUAUGGACCAAACAAUUUACUGGUCAUCCCUAUCCUCUGCAAUAUCACAGAUUGUGUUUUCCAAGCAUGCAACAGUGAAGUUAUUGGUGGCAUAUUGGGCACACUCCAUCAAUAACACAGAUGAGUACCUGAAGUCUCUCCUCUACACCAACAAUCUAUGCACUUCCUCAACAUACAACAAAUGUUCUGGGAAAGUUGAGAUAAAAUAUUACGUGGUUCCAGGUUUCAACAUGACAGGCCCUGCGAUUCAGAGUGGAACUAGAACAGGAAAUAUAUACCCGGAUUUUACAAGAGUCAAUCAUGGAAAAUAUGCACUUAGUGAUGUAAGGGCCCACAUUGGGACCAGCAAUCUUGUGUGGGACUACUUCUACACAACAGCAGGUGUCAGCUUUGGGACAUACAACACUGCCGUUCUCUCUCAACUAACACAAAUUUUUGAUGCGGAUUGGAACUCAACCUAUGCUGUUCCAUUUGAAGAGCUGGAGAGAGGUCAUACACAAAGUUCAGUCUAA